CGGAAUGAUAGCAGAGGGUCGGCCGAAUCGCGGACCGCGGAGCGCCGACUGAACUGUCAGCCGGUCGGUCGGUCAUAGGAUAGGAUGUGGGGUUACGCAUGGGGCGUGAGAAAAUAAAGUGUGGGAAAGAGUGGGCGUCUCGGCGUAGUAAAACAUUUGAUACGUUGUAGUGAACCAAACACAUAUUUAUGAACGUGAUGCGCCAGUAGCUAACAUUUCAAUUGCAACUGUGUGUGUGAUAAAUACACGGAGUUCACGAAGCGAAAAGGUUGCGAUGUGUGAGGAAGAGACUGACGAUUGACCGGAGAUUCCGUGGGAAACGACCUAUGUUAUGUGUCCUAAUACAUGUAUUUGUUAGUUUGAGUAUGUUUAUGAAACAAAAACUGUGUUGUGGAAUUUAAUCGCGUGCGAUGGGAGUCACCGGCCUGUGGCGGUUGGUUGAGCCCGCGGGGAAGCCGGUACCAGUCGAAACUUUAGAGAACAAAGUGCUCGCCGUGGAUAUCUCAAUAUGGUUGCAUCAGGUUGUGAAAGGUUAUCAAGAUGCCAAGGGAGCACCUUUACCAAAUGCCCAUCUCAUAGGUCUCUUCCAGCGUCUCUGCAAACUGCUCUAUUUCAGAAUAAAACCUAUAUUUGUUUUUGAUGGUGCUUUUCCAGAAUUGAAAAAAGAAACUAUUGCAAAACGGCAAGAUAGUAAAAACAGGUACCACUCAGAAUCUGAGCGCUUAAAAAGAGAACUAGCCAUUCUACUCAGCAAGAAAACUGCAAUAGGCAGCUUGUUAGGCAAGCAGAUAUCUCCAAAUAAGAAACCUAACCCAGUCAAUAAAGAUCAAGAUGACAUGUUCAAGUUGCCGGCCUUGCCACAAAAUAAGGAAUCGGAGUCAGAAUCAUCAGAUGAUGAAGACACUUCAAGUGGCUCCAUUGUUGAUUUACAUUCUGUAGACCUUCAGUCUGACAGUUUCAAAAACUUACCUACAAAAGAAAAGUAUGAUCUGCUUAUUGAAUUGAAGGAAACAAGAAAAAUGAAUUCCUGGGGUAAACUUCACACAUUGCCAAAGAAAAGUGACAACUUUUCUGAUUUUCAAAUGCAGAGAUUACUAAAGAGAAGAAAAGUACAAGAAUGUAUAGAAGAAACAGAAAAAGAAAUGGGAGAUGUUGGAAUGUCAAUGAAUGAAUUGGAAUCAUUGCUGAAUGAAGAAGGCAUUGACACUAAGAUAGAAAGCUUACCCACUCGACGCAUCGCGUCUAAUAAUAACACUAGGUAUUUACUCAUUAAUAAUGUCAGAGAAGCUUUGGCAAAAGCCAAAGAAAAGAAAGAGGCAGGAAAUAAACCACAGACAAGCACAGAUAAAUCUCUACCCACAGGAAAGCCAAGUAAACAUGAUGAAUUGGAAGAUGAUCUGCAAAAGGCCAUUCAAAUGUCUUUAGAAUGUUCUGAUGAACCUAACACAAGUGGCUGUCAAUCUAAGACUGAUGACUCUUGGACCUCAGUUUUGACAGACACAGAUUACUCAGAUAUGAGUGAUUCUGAAGAUGAACUAGAACAGCCAGAUAUGUCCACCGCAAAAGCGUACAUUAUGCAGUAUAGUGAUUACACACAUAAGGCCAUUGAAAAAAUCGUUACUCAUCGAUCGAAAAGUGGAAAAACGAAAUCAAAGGCCCCAGAAGUAAACCAAAUAUUAAAAGAAAUUAAUAGUGAAAAGUCAAUAAUUGCUGAUAAUGUAGAACUAUCUUCUAGUGAUGAAGAAUCGCGACCAGAGAUAAUUCAUUCUGACGCAGAUAUUUCAGUUGCAGAUAAAAAGACUAUUGAGGUUGAGAAGCAGAUAGAAGAUACACAGGAUGAAACAGAUGAGUAUGUAGAAUCUACUCAAGCGUCAGUUAUGUUAAUUGAAAAUACUGAACCGGAUGUUAUAUCUCUAGACUCUGAUGUGGGUGAGCCUAUUGAAGAAAAGCAAACAAUGAAUGAAACAGACAUAAGUUUUAUAGUUAGUGAUUUAGAGUCUAGUGGUGUAGGCGAAUUAGGAGAAGUACCUGAAUUAUUAAAAGAAACAGUGAAUAUCAUGAAAGAAAGUAUUAAUGCUAAGGAUCUAGAGUCUAAUGAUACCGAUGAUGAAUUUGAAAAAGUACCUGAAGUAAUGAAAGAAAGUGUUAAUGCGAAGGACCUAGAGUCUAGUGAUACCGAUGAUGAGUUUGAAGAAAUGCCUGGUGUAAUUAAAGAAACGGUUAAUACCAUGAAAGAAAGUGUUAAUGGUAAGGAUCAAGAGUCUAGUGAUACCGAUGAUGAGUUUGAAGAAGUACCUGAAGUAGAAGAUAAGUCACGCAAACCUGUCGUAGAACUUACGCUAAAUGUGGAUGAUAUUCCAAAUGAUGAAGAUGAUAUUUUUGCAGAUGUUUUUUCACCCAUUAUUAAUUCCAAUAGAAUCAAAGAAAACAUCGCAAAACCUGUAAGCAAUACUUUUGAAAAUAUUGGCCCGAAGAAAGAACCAACUGACAAUACAAAUAAAAUCCAACAUAGACUAAUAUCAGAUGGUACCGCUCUACAAAACAAAGAGAUGGAAUAUGUAAAGUAUGAAAAACAAGAUUUAUCUACAGAUGAUGAUGAUGAAUUACUGAAAGCCAUACAAAUGUCAUUAGAAUGUGUUCAGGAACCUAAUACAAACACAAAAGUAAUAAAAGAAUCAUCAGCCAGUGCUCAACCACAUAAACAAAAAGGUAAUGAUGUCAGCAUGGCUGAAAAUCCGGAUUUUAAAGAGCAUUUAAUCAAGGAUCAUGUUUGUACAGAAAAUGAAAAAUCUGUAUCUAAUCCUGUCUCUGAAACAAUAACAGUAGAAUCAGACUCGGUUAUGCAACCAGAAAAACAUGAAGAUGAUAGUGUAGUCAACAUUGAAAGUAUUUCCAAAGACGACACUAUGGCCACUAACGAUAAGGAAUCUAACAAAGACCUUGUUAAUAAACCUCAGCCAAAAGAACCUUUAACUGCUGAACAACUGAACUCAAUGGUAGAAGUGAUUCGAAGUGAGGAACAAGAUUUGAUCCAAGAAAAAGGCAGACUGGAUCGUAUAGGUAGGAAUAUUACCGAACAAAUGACAAAAGAGGCCCAAGAAUUAUUGCAAAUAUUCGGUAUUCCGUACAUUGUUGCACCAAUGGAAGCCGAAGCACAGUGUGCAUUUCUAGAAAGUGUCAAAUUAACAGAUGGCACUAUUACCGACGAUAGUGAUAUUUGGCUAUUUGGAGGUCAGACAGUUUAUAAGAAUUUCUUUAAUCAAAAGAAACACGUCUUGCAGUAUGUCUCAGAACGGAUCGAAAAAUCUUUCAAUCUAAACCGAGAGCAGUUGAUAUUGCUGGCGCUCUUGGUCGGGAGUGACUAUACAACAGGUGUGGCUGGCGUUGGCCCAGUCACAGCCAUGGAAAUUCUAGCCUCCUUCCCUUUCAACAAAAAGCAAGUAUUAGCAGAAACUUCCAAACAAGUCCGAUACGCGAAGCUGUUGGACGGCCUGAAAGAAUUUAAACUGUGGGUCAAAGCAGAAAAGAGAACUGAUAACACAAGUUUGAAGAAGAAACUGAGAAAUGUUACUCUGUCAGAGGACUUCCCUAGUAUUCGAGUUGUUCAAGCAUAUAUGGAGCCGAACGUCGAGAAAAGUGAGGACAAAUUUACAUGGGGCGAAUUAGACAUAACUGUGUUAAGAGACUAUGCAAAAAGUAAAUUUGGAUGGUCUCAACAGAAAUUUGAUGAGAUAAUCAAACCUGUGCUAGCAAGAAUGAAAGAUAGGAAGAAUCAAAAGACUGUUCACGAUUAUUUCAAAAGAAGAAUCGAAUUCCAGACAUUGGAGGAUCAAAUGAGUAAGAGAGUUAAAGCAGCGGUGCUGAAAAUGGGUCCGGAAGGACAAACUGCCGAGGCAAAUCUUACUGAAGGCGAAACUGUAAAAACUACUAAGAAACGAAAGAAAUGUGCUAGAACUUCAACGGAUAACGAAGCCGGGCCUUCUAAACCCAAACAAAAGAAAAAACAAGUAGAAGAUUCUAAACCUGUUGUCAAAGUAGUUGAAGUUAAAGAUGGCAAAACGGGCAUCGAAAUCAACGUACCAAAGACUGAUAGAUAUCAAGAGAUUAUUCCACAAAGAGAGAAAGAUAAACAACAUCUGCUUGAAAAUAAAAUGAAAGCUAUUGAAAUCUUCAGGAAGACCACAAUAGACCGUAAGCAAAAGCCUAAGAAAAGAAAGCCUAUUUUGCCGAAAGACAAAGCAGAUUUGUCAGAGAGCAGCAGCAGUGAUUGAGUUUGUUUUUUGUUAUUUCUAUAUGGCAUGUUACUUAUUUAUAAAGGUACAAUAAAAAAAUAUUUUUUU